AUGUCAUCGGUUUGGAGCUCCGACUGUUUCUCCGACCUACUGUGCUGCGAGGACUACUCCGGAAUUCUGUCCGGAGAGUCGCCGGAAUGCUCGUCGGACUUGGAAUCUCCGGCGUGUAGCGAAGAAUCCAUCGCCGGAUUCAUAGAGGACGAGCGCAAUUACGUCCCCGGCUUCGACUACUUGUCUCGUUUCCACUCCGAUCAUUCCCUCGACAUCUCCGCCCGAGCCGACUCCGUUGCAUGGAUUCUCAAGGUCCAGAGUUACUACGGGUUUCACCCGCUGACGGCGUAUCUCUCCGUUAACUACUUGGAUCGGUUCUUGUACUCCCGCCGGUUGCCGCAAGCAAAUGGGUGGCCAAUGCAACUUUUAAGUGUUGCUUGCUUGUCCUUAGCUGCUAAGAUGGAGGAACCUCUGGUUCCUUCUCUGUUGGAUUUACAGGUGGAAGGUACGAAAUUUAUCUUCGAACCGAGAACAAUCCGUAGGAUGGAGCUCCUUGUGCUGGGUGUUUUGGAUUGGAGGCUACGAUCCAUAACACCCUUCAGCUUCGUCGCUUUCUUUGCAUGCAAGCUCGACGCAACGGCAACUUUCAUCGGAUUUCUGGUUUCACGGGCCACAGAAAUCAUAUUAUCGAAUAUCAAAGAAGCCAGCUUUCUUGAAUAUUGGCCAUCAUGCAUUGCUGCGGCAGCCAUACUUUCCGCAGCCAAUGAAAUCCCUAAUUUGUCGCUUGAAAAUCCGGAACAUGCUGAAUCAUGGUGUGGUGGACUGAGCAAAGAGAAAAUCAUCGGAUGCUAUCGAUUAAUGCAAGAAGUGGUUGUUGAAAAUAGUGGGAUAAAAAAGUCAUCACCCGAUGUUUUGCCACAGCUUCGAGUUACGGUUCGGGGCAGAGUGAGGUCCAGUUCUGAGUCAUCGUCCUCGUCCGUCUCCUUAUCAUCAUCAUCACCAAUAUCAUAUAAAAGGAGGAAAUUGAAUAACUGCUUAUGGGUAGAUGAUGACAAAGGAAACUCCGAGUAA